AUGCAAGCGCUGGGACAACAGUCUCGAGUGGCGCGGAAAGUCCGUGCGUACUUGACGAAAACAAAGCUUGGUCUGCUGUUUGGGUGCCGCCGCCGUGCCCACAUCCAGACAGAGCAUGGUGAGGCAUUGCAUGCUGUUCAUUGUACGGCACGCAAGCAGCUGCUGAUAUGGCUGCGCGACAAAUGGGCUGCGCAGCGAAUGGCCACUCGGAAUGAGCACGGACACGCCAAGCGGCAGCGGUGGAGAGCUUCAUUUGCACAAGCCGACAGGCCGCAGAUUUUGCGCGACAUGUUGCCGCAAAUUCCUGUGAAGUUUGCACGUGCUGCACGUGACCUACUGGCAGGGUGGCAUGUCGAAGAGCCGAUUGUCAACGAGCCAUCGCCGCAAGCAUACAAGGGCACUGGUACUAUGUUCCGAUACAGUGGCUCCUUUAGCAUGAUUGAGCAUCAACCUUCCUUGGACCUGCUUGCGGCAGGACCAUCUGUCGACAUUGAUCUGCUCAGUGCCGGCCUACGAAACGCACCGCAGGUGCUUGCCAUUUGGGAUGACUUUCAAAGUUGGAUGACCGAGCUCGGCAACAAGUACCGCUUUGAACGGGUCAGCACCGCCCUGGAGCUCCACACAGAGGUGACGCUGCAACGCAGAGUGCCUUCCAUUCACUUGCACAUGAUGUUUGACACCCGCGACUCGGCAGCAAUGCGGGCUCUAGCACCGUACCUUCCUGGCCCAUGCACCCGCAUGUUGCGGCCAGGGCGACAAGUGCAUCUGUCUGGACAAAGUUUGGCAUUUCGUGGGUGCAAGCCGCACAUCUCCUUGGAUUCCUCGCAGGCUCGUGGGCGGUCAGUCCGUCGUGCACUGGAUCAAGGGCACUUUUAUCUCCAAGUGGAGAAGAAAGGGUCCAUUUUUCGCCAGACCACUUGCCCAGCAUACCAGACUUUCACAGUGAGCCCCGACUGGGUGACUGGACUUUGGCAGGGGGAUAAGAUUAACAAGGAGUGUGCCGAGCAGCACUACGUCCAGUGCAAGCGCAACAUUCGUGCUUACUGUGAGAACCUGAAGUACCAUGGCCAGAAACAACGGGAGCUGUACAUUCAGCAGCAGCAGGCUGCUGCAGCAGAGCUCUUGCGCCCACUGCAGAAAGAGCCAGUGGAACUACCAGAAGUGACGCAGCUGUUCUUGCCACAGUUCACGCGGCCUAUGCAUCGCCGAAAAUUCUUGGUGCUGAAUGGCCCAACGCGCCUGGGGAAGACUGUCUAUGCACGGUCUCUCUUUGGCGCAGAUCACACGUAUGAAACCAAUUGUUCCGGGGUGUUGGAGCCCGACAUGAGGGAAUAUGAUGUGCUACGGCACCGGUGUGUGGUGUUUGAUGAAGCUAGUGUCCAUCUUGUCUUGAAGCACAAAAAAUUGUUUCAGGCGCCGCCUGCCGAAAUUUCACUUGGGCACUCGGCGACAGGCAUGUAUGUUUAUCGCAUCUGGGUUUGGAAUGUCGCUCUCAUUGUCACAUCCAAUGUCUGGACCACCGAACUGGAGCAGCUCGCUGCAGAAGAUCGGGAAUGGCUAGAAGGGAAUGCGAGUCUCCAUAUUGUCUGCCUGUGUGACACACGGCUUGCCGGCGUCCCUGUGCAUGCCAUGAUGCCGGAUGCAGCUGCAGCUGAAGUAGUCCGAUUACAGCAAGCUUUAGUGGCUAACCGGAACGAGUUGAAAGGCGCUUACCAGCAGGCCAGACGGCAGCAAAAGAGAGUGCAAUGUUGUGGCCUGGGGCCUGCAGCUCGCCGAACGACCCUAGCUGUGUAUGUGCUGUCCAACUACAACAUAGCUCUCGCUGUCCGCGUGGCUUGCAGGUUAUCCACGUACAAGCGCCCUGAGGAUGCUGGGUUCCCAACAGCUGCAGCCCUAGAAGAGCUUUUUUUGGAAUCCCCGCCAACAGACUGGCUGGAAUUCGGCGAGCUAGCAGCGCAGAGGGCACACGCCUUUUUGGCAGAGGCCGCAACUUCGGAUUGGGUGCGUGAUUGCAAUGUCUUGCAUGGUGUGGCCCCUUCCUCGAUGGACGUCUUCUUGCACUGGGAGCAUGCCUUUAUCGGCCAUCAGCUCGACGUGGGUGUCCCUCCGCGACGCUACGUGAACAAGUGGGCGCAGAAGUGGCGUGCGCGUUGGGGUGUCCGCCGCAAAGUGUUGAAACAGGUGGUGCACAAGGAGGUCAUGCAAGCGGCAAAGAGGCAGAAGGUGCAGCUGGUUUACAUACCGGCGCAAUGCACUGAUGUGCUGCAGCCGCUGGACAUUUGUGCAUUUGCUGGCUUCAAAGCCUUUUUGCGUGCAAGGAGUCUCCAUAUUGUCUGCCUGUGUGACACACGGCUUGCCGGCGUCCCUGUGCAUGCCAUGAUGCCGGAUGCAGCUGCAGCUGAAGUAGUCCGAUUACAGCAAGCUUUAGUGGCUAACCGGAACGAGUUGAAAGGCGCUUACCAGCAGGCCAGACGGCAGCAAAAGAGAGUGCAAUGUUGUGGCCUGGGGCCUGCAGCUCGCCGAACGACCCUAGCUGUGUAUGUGCUGUCCAACUACAACAUAGCUCUCGCUGUCCGCGUGGCUUGCAGGUUAUCCACGUACAAGCGCCCUGAGGAUGCUGGGUUCCCAACAGCUGCAGCCCUAGAAGAGCUUUUUUUGGAAUCCCCGCCAACAGACUGGCUGGAAUUCGGCGAGCUAGCAGCGCAGAGGGCACACGCCUUUUUGGCAGAGGCCGCAACUUCGGAUUGGGUGCGUGAUUGCAAUGUCUUGCAUGGUGUGGCCCCUUCCUCGAUGGACGUCUUCUUGCACUGGGAGCAUGCCUUUAUCGGCCAUCAGCUCGACGUGGGUGUCCCUCCGGGACGCUACGUGAACAAGUGGGCGCAGAAGUGGCGUGCGCGUUGGGGUGUCCGCCGCAAAGUGUUGAAACAGGUGGUGCACAAGGUCAAUGCUUUUUGGCGGCAUCUGCGCUAUCUAUACCAGAAGUUUGCCGACCGAGACAUUCUCAUGUUGAAUGUUGAUGAGACGAGCAUAGGGUAUACCAUGAAGCCGCGGCUUGGCAAUGUGGUGGCUCCUGCGGUCGCGAAAGUGUCGAGUCUCCAUAUUGUCUGCCUGUGUGACACACGGCUUGCCGGCGUCCCUGUGCAUGCCAUGAUGCCGGAUGCAGCUGCAGCUGAAGUAGUCCGAUUACAGCAAGCUUUAGUGGCUAACCGGAACGAGUUGAAAGGCGCUUACCAGCAGGCCAGACGGCAGCAAAAGAGAGUGCAAUGUUGUGGCCUGGGGCCUGCAGCUCGCCGAACGACCCUAGCUGUGUAUGUGCUGUCCAACUACAACAUAGCUCUCGCUGUCCGCGUGGCUUGCAGGUUAUCCACGUACAAGCGCCCUGAGGAUGCUGGGUUCCCAACAGCUGCAGCCCUAGAAGAGCUUUUUUUGGAAUCCCCGCCAACAGACUGGCUGGAAUUCGGCGAGCUAGCAGCGCAGAGGGCACACGCCUUUUUGGCAGAGGCCGCAACUUCGGAUUGGGUGCGUGAUUGCAAUGUCUUGCAUGGUGUGGCCCCUUCCUCGAUGGACGUCUUCUUGCACUGGGAGCAUGCCUUUAUCGGCCAUCAGCUCGACGUGGGUGUCCCUCCGCGACGCUACGUGAACAAGUGGGCGCAGAAGUGGCGUGCGCGUUGGGGUGUCCGCCGCAAAGUGUUGCAACAGGUGGUGCACAAGGUCAAUGCUUUUUGGCGGCAUCUGCGCUAUCUAUACCAGAAGUUUGCCGACCGAGACAUUCUCAUCUUGAAUGUUGAUGAGACGAGCGUAGGGUAUACCAUGAAGCCGCGGCUUGGCAAUGUGGUGGCUCCUGCGGUCGCGAAAGUGUCGAAGCAGGAUCGGAGAGCCAUGUCGUCAGAAGCAGCACCUGCUGAUGUUGCGGCCGUUGCGCCGCCGGCAGACCGUUUGGCAGAUUUGAAAGCAGCGCGACAGGCACUGAAGCGGCAGUUGGCGCAAGCAACCCGAGAGGUGAAGAGCCAGGAGAAAAAACGCCGUCGCAUCAUGCAGCAAGCUGGGAAACUGAGCACGGCAGAUUUGUCGUGGCUGUUGGCGGUCAAGGUUGCCAAUGGUCGUUUUUCAGCCAUGCAAGCGCUGGGACAACAGUCUCGAGUGGCGCGGAAAGUCCGUGCGUACUUGACGAAAACAAAGCUGCUGAACGGCCCCCCUGACCGGGAGGCACGCAAGCAGCUGCUGAUAUGGCUGCGCGACAAAUGGGCUGCGCAGCGAAUGGCCGCUCGGAAUGAGCACGGACACGCCAAGCGGCAGCGGUGGAGAGCUUCAUUUGCACAAGCCGACAGGCCGCAGAUUUUGCGCGACAUGUUGCCGCAAAUUCCUGUGAAGUUUGCACGUGCUGCACGUGACCUACUGGCAGGGUGGCAUGUCGAAGAGCCGAUUGUCAACGAGCCAUCGCCGCAAGCAUACAAGGGCACUGGUACUAUGUUCCGAUACAGUGGCUCCUUUAGCAUGAUUGAGCAUCAACCUUCCUUGGACCUGCUUGCGGCAGGACCAUCUGUCGACAUUGAUCUGCUCAGUGCCGGCCUACGACGAAACGCACCGCAGGUGCUUGCCAUUUGGGAUGACUUUCAAAGUUGGAUGACCGAGCUCGGCAACAAGUACCGCUUUGAACGGGUCAGCACCGCCCUGGAGCUCCACACAGAGGUGACGCUGCAACGCAGAGUGCCUUCCAUUCACUUGCACAUGAUGUUUGACACCCGCGACUCGGCAGCAAUGCGGGCUCUAGCACCGUACCUUCCUGGCCCAUGCACCCGCAUGCUGCGGCCAGGGCGACAAGUGCAUCUGUCUGGACAAAGUUUGGCAUUUCGUGGGUGCAAGCCGCACAUCUCCUUGGAUUCCUCGCAGGCUCGUGGGCGGUCAGUCCGUCGUGCACUGGAUCAAGGGCACUUUUAUCUCCAAGUGGAGAAGAAAGGGUCCAUUUUUCGCCAGACCACUUGCCAGACUUUCACAGUGAGCCCCGACUGGGUGACUGGACUUUGGCAGGGGGAUAAGAUUAACAAGGAGUGUGCCGAGCAGCACUACGUCCAAUGCAAGCGCAACAUUCGUGCUUACUGUGAGAACCUGAAGUACCAUGGCCAGAAACAACGGGAGCUGUACAUUCAGCAGCAGCAGGCUGCUGCAGCAGAGCUCUUGCGCCCACUGCAGAAAGAGCCAGUGGAACUACCAGAAGUGACGCAGCUGUUCUUGCCACAGUUCACGCGGCCUAUGCAUCGCCGAAAAUUCUUGGUGCUGAAUGGCCCAACGCGCCUGGGGAAGACUGUCUAUGCACGGUCUCUCUUUGGCGCAGAUCACACGUAUGAAACCAAUUGUUCCGGGGUGUUGGAGCCCGACAUGAGGGAAUAUGAUGUGCUACGGCACCGGUGUGUGGUGUUUGAUGAAGCUAGUGUCCAUCUUGUCUUGAAGCACAAAAAAUUGUUUCAGGCGCCGCCUGCCGAAAUUUCACUUGGGCACUCGGCGACAGGCAUGUAUGUUUAUCGCAUCUGGGUUUGGAAUGUCGCUCUCAUUGUCACAUCCAAUGUCUGGACCACCGAACUGGAGCAGCUCGCUGCAGAAGAUCGGGAAUGGCUAGAAGGGAAUGCGAGUCUCCAUAUUGUCUGCCUGUGUGACACACGGCUUGCCGGCGUCCCUGUGCAUGCCAUGAUGCCAGAUGCAGCUGCAGCUGAAGUAGUCCGAUUACAGCAAGCUUUAGUGGCUAACCGGAACGAGUUGAAAGGCGCUUACCAGCAGGCCAGACGGCAGCAAAAGAGAGUGCAAUGUUGUGGCCUGGGGCCUGCAGCUCGCCGAACGACCCUAGCUGUGUAUGUGCUGUCCAACUACAACAUAGCUCUCGCUGUCCGCGUGGCUUGCAGGUUAUCCACGUACAAGCGCCCUGAGGAUGCUGGGUUCCCAACAGCUGCAGCCCUAGAAGAGCUUUUUUUGGAAUCCCCGCCAACAGACUGGCUGGAAUUCGGCGAGCUAGCAGCGCAGAGGGCACACGCCUUUUUGGCAGAGGCCGCAACUUCGGAUUGGGUGCGUGAUUGCAAUGUCUUGCAUGGUGUGGCCCCUUCCUCGAUGGACGUCUUCUUGCACUGGGAGCAUGCCUUUAUCGGCCAUCAGCUCGACGUGGGUGUCCCUCCGCGACGCUACGUGAACAAGUGGGCGCAGAAGUGGCGUGCGCGUUGGGGUGUCCGCCGCAAAGUGUUGAAACAGGUGGUGCACAAGGUCAAUGCUUUUUGGCGGCAUCUGCGCUAUCUAUACCAGAAGUUUGCCGACCGAGACAUUCUCAUGUUGAAUGUUGAUGAGACGAGCGUAGGGUAUACCAUGAAGCCGCGGCUUGGCAAUGUGGUGGCUCCUGCGGUCGCGAAAGUGUCGAGUCUCCAUAUUGUCUGCCUGUGUGACACACGGCUUGCCGGCGUCCCUGUGCAUGCCAUGAUGCCGGAUGCCUCUGCAGCUGAAGUAGUCCGAUUACAGCAAGCUUUAGUGGCUAACCGGAACGAGUUGAAAGGCGCUUACCAGCAGGCCAGACGGCAGCAAAAGAGAGUGCAAUGUUGUGGCCUGGGGCCUGCAGCUCGCCGAACGACCCUAGCUGUGUAUGUGCUGUCCAACUACAACAUAGCUCUCGCUGUCCGCGUGGCUUGCAGGUUAUCCACGUACAAGCGCCCUGAGGAUGCUGGGUUCCCAACAGCUGCAGCCCUAGAAGAGCUUUUUUUGGAAUCCCCGCCAACAGACUGGCUGGAAUUCGGCGAGCUAGCAGCGCAGAGGGCACACGCCUUUUUGGCAGAGGCCGCAACUUCGGAUUGGGUGCGUGAUUGCAAUGUCUUGCAUGGUGUGGCCCCUUCCUCGAUGGACGUCUUCUUGCACUGGGAGCAUGCCUUUAUCGGCCAUCAGCUCGACGUGGGUGUCCCUCCGCGACGCUACGUGAACAAGUGGGCGCAGAAGUGGCGUGCGCGUUGGGGUGUCCGCCGCAAAGUGUUGAAACAGGUGGUGCACAAGGUCAAUGCUUUUUGGCGGCAUCUGCGCUAUCUAUACCAGAAGUUUGCCGACCGAGACAUUCUCAUGUUGAAUGUUGAUGAGACGAGCGUAGGGUAUACCAUGAAGCCGCGGCUUGGCAAUGUGGUGGCUCCUGCGGUCGCGAAAGUGUCGAAGCAGGAUCGGAGAGGAGCUUGGACAUACCUCAGCCUCAUUUGCAAUUCUACAGAUGUCCAAGGGAAGUUACCACAUUACCUGAUAGGUUCCAAGACGAGGCUGACGCGCAAGUUGCUGCGGGCACAGAAAGCCUUGCCACCAACCCGAUUGAAGAUCAUUGCGCAAAAGUCUGCAUGGACUUCUGCUGCGAACAUGGUGCAACUCUUGCGAGACAUUGGUGAGGUGCUGAAGCUGUAUCCAGGCAAACAAGGUAUCUUGUUGCUGGACUGUGCGCCUAGCCACUUGCCAAAGGAGGUCAUGCAAGCGGCAAAGAGGCAGAAGGUGCAGCUGGUUUACAUACCGGCGCAAUGCACUGAUGUGCUGCAGCCGCUGGACAUUUGUGCAUUUGCUGGCUUCAAAGCCUUUUUGCGGGCAAGGCACGAAGGUCUGAAAGCAACUUCCCAGCAUGGUUUGGUGAAUCCCCUGGCAUGGAUUUGGGAGCUGAUGCAAUGCCCGCGUGAAUUUUUCGCGCAGAAGGCAUGGCGCAGUAGCUUCGCAGCGGUCGGAUGCACCAAUCCGCCUGAUCCGCAAGUACUCCAUCGGGAGCUGCGGGAGUUAAUGGAUUUUCCGGUGAGUUUCCCCGAAGGGGUCAAACCAACCCGAGAGGAAGUGCAAUGUUUGUGGCCAGAGCGACGCCGUAUGGUGUAUGCUUACAAAGCCUUGUUUUGA